UAGUGGCCCUGAGUGAUGCUGGGUGAGAAUAGGCUGUGCUGAGGGGGCUCUGGGGGAGAACGGGUAGCGCUUGUGUGUUCUGAGCAAUGCUGGGUGGCCCUGAGUGGAGCUGGGGGGGUCCUGAGAAGAGCUGAGGGGGGAAUGGGCAAUUCUGGGGGGUCCUGAGCAUUGCUGAGAGCCACGCGGUGCUUACUGUGGGAGCAGCCUGCUCUGCUGUCCCCCAGGUGGUUCCCAUUGCAGCCUCUGAGUCAGCUCCCAAAUAUGCCUUUGCUCAUCCCACUACAGGAAACCGCUGCUGGGAAGUGGUGGAAGCGCUGCCACAGCCCUGCAUCUGGGGGAGAGCGGGGAGAUGGAGCGGCCACGCUUGGAUUCCAGCGCUCCGGUGCUGGGCUGUGCUUGGUGGGGUGUGUGGGAGCACAGGGAGGUGACCUCAGAAAUAUUUCUGUGUAAGUCAUCAGCUGUGGGAAUGAGCUCAGCUCGCAGCCUCGCCAGGGUGAUGUGUGAGCGCUGUGCUGCUGGGCUGCAUGGGGAUUCCUGCUGGGAUUGAGGAGCUGCCCAGGUUCCAAAGGCUGAGAGCCCUCCUGGGCCAAGCUCUGGUCUCCAGUACAGCUUUUCAAUCCAGGUGCUGUCCCUACAAAGUCACAAGAAUUUCCCGGUGCCCUGCAGCAAAGCUGGUAGCCCCAAUCCCAGAUCCUGCAGCCCCAAACCUCGUGCGAUUCCAUCCCCUCCUGCUCUAGGCCUGCUCCUCGUGUCCCCAGCUUGGUUCAUCCCCUGCUGGAAGCUUCCCAUUGCAGCACCAGCACCUGUCCCCCUGCCAAGACCUGCAGCCUGGCCAACCCCAGUGCAGCACAUCACUGCUAUUUCUGGCUCCACCUUGAGACUCGUGCCGUGCUGAAAGAAACCAAUGCAGGCUGAGCAGGCAUCGGGAGCAUCUGGGACACAAAUGGCUGCAGUUCCCACAGCACACAGCUCCCACAGGCUCUGUGCAGCAGGCAGAACUCCACAUCAUGCCUUACACCAGAGGGGGGAGCAGUGGUGGGGGCAGUGGGGAUCUGGCACUCCCUGCAUUUUUUCCCCAAAGAAAACCAUCUCACUCGCUGCCUGGGAGCAGGAAGAGACCAGGGACAGCACAGAGCAGAGAUGGGUUUAAUUGCCGUGUAUAAUCCUCAGAUUCUUGCACAGAUCUUGGCAAACCUUGUCUGCCUCUCCUGCCUCAGUUUCCCCAAGUUGAGCAUCCUGCAGCCCUCCGGCAGGGAGCAGGGGGUGCCUGAGCUGAUGUCUGCAUGGCAAGGGGAUACACUGUGACAAGUGUGUGAUGAUGGGGACCAGCCCCUGCGGGGCCACCUCCAGGUGGGUCGGGAUGAACCCAAUGCCCACAGAUUCCCAAGCACUGAGAUCCUCCCGUGCAAGUUGAGGUUGCUGUCAUUCAGAUGACCCCAGUCAGCACCGAGCCGUGAUGGAAGCAAUGCCAUGUCUGUACCGAGCCCUGUGUCUGGGGGCAGACAAGCGGUGUCUGCAGGAUGGUGUGGAAUCGGCCGCGGGGGGAGAUGUGCUGCUUCCCCACGGCACGGGGGCAGGACAGGGGCCGGCAGGCGGAACCCCAUUCCCCCACCGCACAGCACAGCACAGAGCUGACUCCCAACGUAGCCCCAGACGCUCCCACCUGCCAGCAGCCGUUCUCAUUUCCUCCCUCCGCGUCCCGUGCUGAGCGGAAAUACAACGUUUGUUAGUCACCAGGAAGGCUGGCAGCGUGCUGCUGCUUCCUGCACCGGCACCGUGCGGGCUGGGAGCUCCGACCCACGGCACAGCCCUCCCUUCCCCCAGCACUGCGCGGCUCUCGGAUCCGCGCCCCCCCAACCAAGGGCCGUUCCGCCCCCCUCUGCCUUUAAGCAGGAAAGUGCCGAGCAUCGGAGCCCGUUGUGGGGCUCCUCUGUUUUUAGGUAUCCCGAUAAAGCAAAAGCCGGUCAGCUCUGCCGUGUGCCCGUCUGGGUGUUCGUCCCCCCGUCCUCCCUGAAUCUAUAGGGUGGGUUUCAGUGGGCACUGGAGUGAGAAGGCUGCUGGAAGUGGGAGGAGUAUUGUGUCCUGCUGCUGGGAGUUAUGGGGUCUGCACUGGGUUUGGCUCUUUGUUCAGGGUUAUGGGGUCUGGGCUUGGGGUUGUGGGUCUGUGCUGGGUUAUGGGGUCUGUGCUCAGGAUUACGGGAGUCUGGGCUUAGGGUUGUGAAUCUGUGCUGCGUUACAGGAGUCUGGGCUUAGGGUUGUGGGGUCUGGGCAUGGAGUUGUGGGUCUGUGCUGUGUUAUGGGGUUUGGGUUCAGGGUUGUGGCUCCAUGCUGGGUCACGGGGGUUUGGGUCACUUGGGGUUGUGGGGUCUGGGCUUGGUGUUAUGGGGUCUACGCUGGGUCACGGGGGUUCGUGCUUGGGGUUGUGGGAUCUGGGCCGGCUCGCGGCACCCGUGCUCGUGGUUAUCGGUCUGUGACUGCCAGCACAGCAGCGCAGGGCGGAGGGCACCCGCGGGGCAGAGGGCACCUGCAGGCGCAGGACGGCGGGGGCCGUGCCGGGACAUCCCGCACCUCGGCCGGGAUCCCUGGGAGCCGCCCUCUUCCCCCUCCCCGCCCCUCGUAGGGCAGCCCUCGGGGAACCCGAAGCCGGGCGGCGGGCUGCGCGCGUCGGGGGGGUUGGGGGUGUUGUGUUAAAUGGGGCCGCCUCCUGCCAUUGCCGAGCAGCGCGCCGGGUGUCAGCAGCGAGCAGCGGCGGGCGGCGCUCCCGGUGCGUGCCGGCCCCGCUCCGCGCUCCGAUGGCCGCCGGCCGCCGGGUUCCCCCGCACGGCGACGGCGGUGCGGUGCUGCUGCGGGGCCGCUUCUCCCCGGGAUCGUCUCCCGGUUCGGUUUCGUGGUCCGUCGCUCUGACCGAACGGGAGCUGCAGGUGCUGCGUCCCGGCGGCCCCGACGCGGCGCUCCGUUUGGCCGAUUGCGUGGGCAGCGCCGCGUUCCCGUCCGGCCCCGCCGCCGCCUGCUUCUCCCUCGUGGGUUACCCGUUCCGUAAGGCCCGAUGGGGUUCCCCCGCCCGGCAGCGCCUGCAGAGGACUUUCCGCGUUUCCCAACACCCCGACGCCGAGGAGAAUCUCCGCAUCGCCCAGGCCUGGAGCCAACGCAUCCGAGAGCUCUCGCUGCCCGCAGCGCCCACGCGGGACGGUGCCAGCUAUGGGGUGCUGCCCCGGCCCUGCCGAGCUCUGGUGCUGCUGAACCCGCAGAGCGGCGCUGGCCGCGCGCUUGAGGACUUCCAGGCAGUGGUGCAGCCCAUGCUGGCUGAUGCUGACAUCACACCCACCGUCUUUGUCACUGAGAGACCCCACCACGCCCAGGAGAAGGUGCAGGAUGAAGACCUGUCGCAGUGGGAUGUGCUGGUGGUGAUGUCUGGGGAUGGUCUGCUCCACGAGGUGCUGAAUGGGCUGAUGGAGCGGCCGGACUGGGAGCAGGCCCUGCAGACACCGCUGUGCAUCCUGCCUGGGGGCUCUGGGAAUGCCUUGGCUGCCUCCAUCAACUACUAUGCAGGCAAUGACCACGUGGCCAAGAAGAAACUGCUGACCAACUGCACCUUCAUCCUGUGCAAGGGGCUGCACGCUCCGAUGGACCUGGUCUCGUUGAGCACAGCCUCAGGCAAACGCUUCUUCUCCUUCCUGGGCUUCGGAUGGGGUUUCAUCGCCGACGUGGACAUUGACAGCGAGAAGUACCGGCGGCUGGGCAACGCACGCUUCACGCUGGGCACGCUGCAGUGCUUGGUUCGCCUGCGCGUCUACCAGGGCCGCCUCUCCUACCUGCCUGCAGCCACCGAGCCGGGCAGCGCCAGGGACCCCGAGCCGCGCCGGGCCGCACCGACGGCGGGGACGGAGGCGCUGGGCGGGGACAGGGAGCCGCUCUCCGACGCGCUGCUGGCGCCGCUGGGGCAGCCGGUGCCGCCGCAUUGGGUCGUGGUGCCCGAGGAGGAAUUCGUCUGCGUCUACGCCAUCUACCAGUCCCACCUGGGCACCAACCUGCUGAUGGCUCCGGCGGCGCGGCUGCACGACGGCUGCAUGCACCUCUUCUACGUGAGGGCCGGCAUCAGCCGCGUGGCGCUGCUGAAGAUCUUCCUGGCCAUGGGCAGAGGCACGCAUCUGGAGCUGAACUGCCCCCACCUGCACUGCGUCCCGGUGCGCGCCUUCCGCCUGGAGCCGCGGGGCAGCGCCGGCAUCAUGACGGUGGACGGGGAGGCGCUGGCGUGCGAGCCGGUGCAGGGGCAGAUCCACGGCCACCCGUGCCGCGUGGUCACCGGUUCCUAGGGCCGGCAGCGGGCGCGCAGCCCUCCUCGCACUCAGGAACCUCCUCUUCCAGCAAUAGCCCCCCUUGCCCGCGGGCACUCGGCCUUUUGCUUAGCUUUACCCUCCUGGGGACGGCGCCGUCCCAGGAACGAGCCACGAGCCGCGGCAGGUACUCGAGUGCCGGCUCCGUCCCGGUGCCAUCGGUACGACGUCCCGGUCCUGGGCGGCUGCGCCGGCACAGCCUCGGCCCCAGGUUCGGUGGCACCGCCCGUGUCCCCGCCGGGCUGAGCCAGGACCAACGAUCUACCGGGAGACAUCAAUCAUUUGUUGGUUUGUUGGUUUUGUUUUUUUAAAGAGUGUUUCUACCCAAAGCUUCCCGUAGAAGCAGAGUUUAUUCUUGUGAGAAAUGCAAUAAAUAUUUAGCGUUUGCAAAAAACA